ACAGAGGAGGCGAUAGGAACAGGCGGAACCGUAGACGAAGCCUCGGACGGAACGAUACAGAGAAGCCUCGGAAGGGGAGCGAUCGGAAGGGGAGGGCGGAGAGAUGGGGAUCCGGUUCGUGCUGCUGGUGAACAAGCAGGGGCAGACGCGGCUGGCGCAGUACUACGAGCACCUCUCCCUCGACGAGCGCCGCGCCCUCGAGGGCGAGAUCGUCCGCAAGUGCCUCGCCCGCACCGACCAGCAGUGCUCUUUCGUGGAGCACCGGAACUACAAGGUCGUCUACCGGCGCUACGCCUCCCUCUUCUUCCUCGUCGGCGUCGACAACGAUGAGAAUGAGUUAGCCAUCCUUGAAUUCAUACAUCUUCUCGUGGAAACCAUGGACCGUCACUUUGGCAACGUGUGUGAGCUUGACAUCAUGUUCCAUCUGGAGAAAGUCCACUUCAUGCUUGAAGAGAUGGUGAUGAAUGGUUGCAUCGUGGAGACGAGCAAACAGAACAUAUUGGCGCCCAUCCAGCUUAUGGAGAAAACCUCGUAAAUAGUGUGUGAACUCAAGAGCGCCUAGGUGAUGCUUAGCCUCUUCCUCCCGCCUUCACCAUAGAUUCCCCCGUUGUGUGAGGAGAAAUGCCGAACAACUGCUGUAUGCAUGGGUGGCUGUGUUCACCCGACUGGAAAAUGUGAAAUGUUCUGUAAUGUUGAAAAUGAAGACCCCAUCAUUACUUAACAACAGUUCUGUAAAAUAAUACUGCUCGUGCUGCUUGUUCUAACAGACUUGGUGCAAUUGCCGCGCAUAAAA